AUGUUACCACAAGCCCUAGCCAGCGUGUACCGAGAGUACAAAAAAGACACCAAUUCCAUCGCAACAUGGCUUGCUUCGACGGCUAAGGUAUGCGGAUAUCCCGCUUCUUUACUCCCCAGCGCGCCUGGUGGUGGCGGCACUGCACCACCUGCAAAGGGCGGACGAGCAAAAGGAAAGGCCAGGACUGUAGCUAAGAAAGCGAAGGGCGAAGGCCAAGGCGGACCCGGAACGAAGCCACAGGCAGAUCUGGUUCGGUACAUCAUCUCCAUCAAAGACUUUGUCCCGCUGGCCGAAUGCAUCUCCGCUUCCAAGAUCCCCAGUCUGUGUGUUCCAAAGGCUUUCUUCACCACACUUGACCGCGUCAUUUCCAUCAGAUCUGGCUUCAGCAAGGAGCUCAAGGAGCAUAAUGUAGCUCUCGAUGCCGAGUCGGACGCCAAGCAUUCUCACUUUGUCGGCGUCUUUAAAAAGGUACGCGAGGCGCUUGAACAAUUCAAAUCUGCGGCUGCUUCUCCCACGCCAGAUCCCGUCAGCACCUUGUCCAACAAGUUUGAGCUUCUCAAGGUCUAUGUCCCAUCCGACGAUUUCGUCAACGCGCCGGACAUUGACAGACCCAAGCCGGCUACAGAACAAGCCGAGAUCUUUGAAGUCGACCCCUCACAAUCACUGGAGGAAGCCAUUGUUGCUUUCUACAUGAUGUGUACCGAUCUGGGGGAGAUCCGGCAUGCGCUUUCGACUUUUUGGGCAACCACUGUCAGUGAACAAGGCUCGGCGUAUGACCCAGGCGUGAUGGCCAUCGUGACUAAUACGGGCAUCGAAUUUGGUAAAAACAUUAUAGAGGAGAUGUUGCCCAUUUUUGAGCCACAUGGCGGUAUUCGGACAGUAAUGAAUAGCUAUCUGUCACUCAUUCCAGUGACAGGAAACCAGUCCAUUUACGAUUUCGAAAGCUGGGACAAGGGCUCAGAGUCGGCGGAAAGGUUCUACAAUAUACUCUCCAAGUCCUACUUUUUGGAGUGCAACGUCUUGGACAAACUUGCUGAAGUGCCUUGGCGAGGGGCGCCGUUCAUUUAUCCGGAAGGUGCCUUUGGAACAUUGAAUCCCAACACAGACUGGAAGUCUAAAACCGUGGACCAAAAGAUCAACCAAGACCUCCUUAUCACCACAGAGCUCUACUUUGAAGCCUUGACGCUUGUUCAUAAUGUCCCGGACUAUCCCUUUACAGAUGAGUUUGUUCGAGGGGUGGAGCAGUUCAAAGAAACCAGGCAGAUUCCAUUUAGUCUUGUUUUUGCAUCUCAAGUCAAUCUUGACAUACAUCAUGCCGUUGGCGAUUAUGCCGAAACCUCGAUCGACACUCUUCUCAAACGACUAACUAGUAUGGAAGCAUUCCUUCGAUCAAGCGUAAAUUUCCACAAGGGUGUCAGAAAUCCCCACUGGUCAUCUCGCAACCAACGAUGCCUGGAGCAGAGCUUGGAGGGCUUCGAAUGGUUCCUCAAAGAUCCCAUGCAUGAGGUCAGGAUACUUGCCGUACGUGGUGACCCAAAGGGACAACAAAUAGUUAGGGGAAUAAAGAAGUGGCGGCUCUUGAGGAGGUCACCUGUCAUGGCGGGGCUCGCCUUGCAUUACCAUCGCGCAGACGUGCACGAGGCUGGCCUGCUCGUCACCAAUCAGUGGGGUUCUAUUAUCCUGCCGGCACACCUGUACAAUGCCGUGUUGAAAGAGGGCCAUUGCCAGACACUCUGGCCCGAUAUGGAGACGUUGAUGGGUAUUUUUGGAGAGGAGCAGUUCUUUGUUGGAGGCAAGCCUGACAACACAUCCGCCUAUGUCAGCCGAUUCAUGUUGCAAGUUGGCGCCUCGGCAUCUACACUUGUAAACGUACACCGUCGUUCCAAGAAGAUUGGGAUCGAUGACUUUUCAAAAGCCGGUACGAGGUUCCUCACUACGCGAGCAACAUCUCAUGGCCACUUCCAUGACCGGUACAACAACAACAACGCAAAACAGAUGAACUGGACACCAGAGUAUGUUAAUGAGAUCCUCAGUCUUGAGAAAUAUGCUCUUGCGAUCGCGCUGAACUCGGAGGUCUACAAGCUUUCCUUUCCCUAUCUGUUCAUGCACAGGAUAAACUGGGGGCAUUUGACUGCCUACAAGAAGGUUUGGGAUCCCAUACUCCGAACCAGUUUUGGGUCAGACUAUAUACAGCAGGAAUGGCAGCUGCCGUUCGCCAUUGGCCAGGUAUUAGCUCUGGCAGAUGGCGUUGAUGGCCGAAGGGACGACAAGGGAUUGGCGCUUGCUGGACUGGGGCUAGGCGCAACUACUAAGAGCAACGCUGGCAGCGUAUGCACGCAGCAGAUGUAUAGGCUUUGCGGACGAGACUAUGAUGUCUCAUGA